AUGCUCAUACUCAUACCAUAUCAACCAGCAACCUUUAUUUAUAAACACGAAAUGUAAUUUGCCAAGUAAUAUAAAACCCUGAAAACGUGGAGUGAGCAGUAUUUCUUGUACAUUUUUAAAAUAAAAAAUGAAUUGAAUAAACUUUGUACAGAUUGAUGUCAUUAAAGAAUGAGCGAAUAAGGGUAGUUGAGACAUUACAAAAAUGUUGCUAUAGAUAGCUGACGAAAAAAGUGUAGAAGCAGGAAGAAUGGGCAGCGUAGCAUCCUCCAGCUGUACAAAAUGCCUUAUCUUAUUGUUUUUGGUGUUAGUAAUGAGAUCACGGUGGGCAGAAGGAGAAGCGAGUCCAGCGCCAUGGCCGCACCAGUUCCACGCCCUUCUUUUUAUGAAUUACAGCGGGAUUCUUCAGAAGAUCGAUCUCUGGUACGACUGGACCAACGGCAGAAACUUCAACAUAAUACAACACCAGCUGGGUAAGCUGACGUACGAUCUUGAAUGGAACAACGGGACUUCCUUCUUUUACACGCUGGACUCCAACAAAGAGUGUUCUUCGGCUCAACUGGAGGUGGGAAUCCUCCGGCCGAAUUGGCUGGAUGGAGCCAAGUAUUUAGGGCAACGUGACAUGGAUGGAUUUGUUUGCAAUGUUUGGGAGAAGGUGGAUUUCAUUUGGUACUACGAGGAUGUUGUCACCAAAAGACCCGUUUACUGGGUGUUUUACACCGGGAGGGAGGCCCAUGUGAUGACAUUUGAAGUGGGUGCUGCACUUGAGGAUGCUAAAUGGCAAGUCCCUGCCUACUGCUUUGACCACACAACCUCUUCUUCUUCUCCGCAAACUUUGAGUUUUGUCGUGGAUGGAGGCUCCAAUUGAUUUGUAUCACAUCCCAAUAUCCCAUCCAUGAUAAUAAUAAUAAGGAUUGUGUUGUCUGUUUUAAUUAUGCAAUUUAAGGCUACUGAUGAUGUGUAAAUUAUAAGCUUCUGCUCUUUUUGUUUUUUGUUUCAA